AUGAUAAAAGUGACCGCUCUAUUAGCACUGGCUGCUGCGGCCCAGGCACAUACAGUUGCUUGGACUAAAGGCAUGUAUUGCUUCGGAGGUCCAGAUCUUUCUACCGACAACGCCAAUACCAAUACUGCGGUCGCACCACUGUACAACCUCGCCCGCGAGGAUUGGUGGUUCCAGCACGACCGCGGCUGUGAUGCUGCACCCCCUGCAGAUGGCGACAUACUUGAGCUUCCUGCUGGCGGCAAGUUCACUGUCGAGCUGGCCCACAACCGGGCCCAAACCUCGCUUUCAUACGACGGAAAGUACAGCUCUGCUUGGCCGGAUGGGAAAGACCACCCAGAAGACUGGGCUGGUCCUGGAAAUCCCCCUGAAUGUAUUCAGGAUGAUGGGGCAAUGCAUACCAACAAUCAGUCCACGGCUGCCGGUACCGCAUUUGCCAUCAGCUACCAGUCCGACUUGAGCAAGGUCACAAUGGAAAACCUAGCUGUGUUCACUGUUCUGGAGCACACUCCAUGGAAGCGUGAGGCUACUUAUGAGGUCCCCCGCCGAUCUCCCUCCUUGCCCAGAGGGUGGCUGCACCUGCGCGUGGCUCUGGGCUCCGAAUGGAUGUGGACAGCCGAAUAUGUCGCGCCAGCUCAGAUCGCCAAAUACUGUGAUGAUGACAUUACAAAGUGUGUCAAGGGUGCCAAGCAGAUGAUUGCCUUUAACCAGCAAACUGGGAACAAUGUUCAAGUACCCGAUGGCAAGACACCCAUGUACAACAAGGCAUGGGGAUGGGAAUCUGCUUUCUUUUACCUCGAAGGCGCCCAAAACGACAUUUUCGCUUGA